UUAAUCUCCGUUUCCAUAUCGAGUUUGCAGUUAUAAACUGCAUACUCUGCACUAUGUCUGAGCAAUUGCAGUGCAUUACACGAUCAAUAAAAAAGGAACAGCCCAUUGAUUCUUCUGCAAGUGUAACAUUAAUAAAAGAUGAAAACGACGUCGAAAACUUAUCAAGAAAUCUCGGCCAAUUGCUUCUCAACUAUUCUAAUGUUAAAAAAAGUUCCGAUCUUUUUAACAAAAUUUACGAUAAUAUAGAGCAAAAGGAACUACUGCAGCUCCUACGUGUUAUAUUAAAUCAACCGAUCUACAUCAAAACGUUUGGCGUUGUGAACAUCAAUAUGACGCUGGUCCCCGCGUGCGUUGGGCUCAUCAUAUCAUAUACCGUCGUCGCUCUACAGUUCAACAACGUCGUAUAA